UGUCGCUUGUCCCCUCUAUUAGGAUACCUCGUACCCCCACAACCCGCUUAACCUCCUCAUCCACCAAUAACAGACAUCACACAAUGCUCUUCGACACUCUGCAACAGCCUAGACGAGGCGCAGACCAAUUCGAUCAAGUGCAAGGCCAAUCGCUGUCAGCACCGAUUCCACUUGUGUCAGCAAAGUUCGUGAUCUUAGGACGUUUCAAGUCGCUUGCACAGCACACAAAAGAGUAACAUACACACAUGCAGAAGCAAACUUGGAAUUGAGUGAUCAAGUUUCGCCAUCCCGUGCGGCGACGAUCAACAUGGCUGAGCAUGCACAUAUAAGACUUGGAGGCCAUCCCGGGCUCGCCCUGGCCUGCAUGAUGUAGAAUCAAGAAACACUUUUCCAACCCGCUCUCAACCCACUAUCAAGAGACAACAUGGUGGUCUUGCCUUCACUGCUUCUCACCGCGGUUGCAGCCCUCUGCGCGCUGCCCCUAGCGGCCGCAGAAUUCAAAAACAUCACCGUGAACGACUACAAGCUCAAAGCAACUGGAUGCUCUGACAAUAUAAAAGACCUGGAUAAGGUCCUGCCCAUCAAAUCGGUCAAACAAGUCCUGGCAACCACUAAUCAUAGAAACCCAGACUCUUCUCCAGAUGUGAAGCACACUCUGCAAGCUUUUACGUGGGAGGACGUCGAUGGGUAUGAUGAUGUCAACACACGGAAGUGGUAUCCUCAAGGCAUAACCACGACCGCAGACGCAACCGAUACGGGUGACUAUGAAGGCGACGUCGCCACCCUGAUAUCCUGGCACUCGGAUAAUUAUAAUGAUGGGAAACGCGGUCCGCGCAUCUCCUUCAUCAACAUGAAUAAAGGAGCUGAGAGAGCCUACCGCAAUAUCCUCCUUGUUCGGCCGACCGAGGGUGGGUCAAAGCCCAAUUUCGAAGCGCUUAGUGGCCUCCAUGCUGGUGGGAUUGCCUGGUACGGGCAUUACCUCUAUGUGGUCGCGACUACAGGGGGACUUCUGGUCUUCGAUUUGAGGCACAUCUACGAAGUUGCCAUCGGAGACGGUAUUGGCCGUGUUGGAAAUGAGUAUCAAGCACACAAUUACAGAUAUGUCCUACCGCAAGUGCGAGCCUACAAGUGGCAGCCGAAAGAAGGUGUCAAAAAUUUGCAUUUCUCCUUCGUUGGACUUGACAAGACUAGCAACCCUCCAAGCCUUGUUACCGGUGAAUGGUUUCCGAGUGGCCCCGGUCGCCUUACACACUGGGAUCUCGACGAAAGCAGCCACUUACUUAAAGUCGAUGGCGACAACAUCGCAACUGCCUCUCGAGCUGUCCAGCAUUCCCUCACUAAAAUCCAGGGCAGCAUCAUGAUCAACAACAAGUACUUCCUGACCCAGAGCGGUGGUAGCUUGUGGACGUUUACAUGGGAGGACGGACAGGAGGGGUAUAAGGACGUGUUCUCUGGCGUGCCGGAGGACUUGUCUUAUCAGAAGGGGUAUGGGCUGUGGGCACAAAUGGAGAUGCCGGGAAAUAGACAUGUUGUUGCUCUUGAUCUUGAAAAGUUCUAGGAUAUAUUGGACAUAAUUUCUUCACGUUAAUGUGUGCCCAUAAUCUCUGUAUUCAUCUGCGCUCAUGAAGCAUACUAAAUUGAUAUGCCCCUUAUUGCUGGACCCCCAUAUACCAAGAUUCUCUGUUUUCGGUGCAAGAUAUCUAGAUAUGGCAUUUAUAAUUUGAAGUUUCAAGUGCUUCCAAGUCAUAGGAAAGUAGGUGCCUCCCUCAGAUAGAAUGCGUUGGAAAAUUCCACUCCAAUUGCAAACUACAGCCCAAAUAAAACGAAGAUGCAAAUUCGUAGCUAUAUCGCAGGCGGAUUCAUUCCUCAUUGUACGUUUCUAUUGGAUCUGGUAUGCCAAUUAGUAUGCCCUAUUGAAGGCAAGGUGUUGUUUCAAUGAAAGGCUGUUGGGAAAUAAGAGGUCAUGCGCUAUGAACGCCACCAACAUUGUAUUACUACUAUUUUUCUUAUCAUCAUCAGCCUACUACAAUUGCUCAUUAAAUACUUGCUAAUGCUAGCUUCUUGGCUCACACAUU